UCUCCAGGGCGGCGCCGCAUUGGGGCCCGCCCCGCGGUCCCUCCCGCCCCGCUCUGGCUCGAGCUCAGAGCCGGCCGGAGCCUGGGUCCGACCGGGCCAUGUCCGCUGAACCUGAGCUCAUUGAGCUGCGUGAACUGGCACCUGUGCGGCGCGCCGGCCCGGGUCGCACCCGACUGGAGCGUGCUAACGCGCUGCGCAUCGCCCCGGGCACAGCACGCCACCACGCAAGGCAGCCGGUCCCGGGCCGCGGCCACCGCUUCCAGCCUGCGGGGCCGACGACGCACACGUGGUGCGACCUCUGCGGCGACUUCAUCUGGGGCGUCGUGCGCAAGGGUCUGCAGUGCGCGCAUUGCAAAUUCACGUGCCACUACCGCUGCCGCGCACUCGUCUGCCUGGACUGCUGCGGGCCCCGGGAUCUGGGCUGGGAACCGGCGCUGGAGCGGGACACAAACGUGGAUGAACCUGUGGAGUGGGAUAUACCUGACCUUUCUCAGGCUGAGAUUGAGCAGAAGGUCAAGGAGUACAAUGGCCAAAUCAACAGCAACCUCUUCAUGAGCCUGAACAAAGACGGCUCCUACACAGGCUUCAUUAAGGUUCAGCUGAAGUUGGUGCGCCCUGUCUCGGUGCCCUCCAGCAAGAAGGCACCCACGUUGCAGGAUGCCCGACGGGGCCCAGCGCGGGGUCCAGCUGUGAGGCGCCGCACCUCCUUCUACCUGCCCAAGGAUGCUGUCAAGCACCUUCAUGUGUUGUCACGCACACGGGCAAGAGAGGUCAUCGAGGCCCUGCUGCGCAAGUUCUUGGUGGUGGAUGACCCCCGCAAGUUUGCGCUUUUUGAGCGAGCUGAGCGCCAUGGCCAAGUAUACCUCCGGAAGCUGUCAGAUGAUGAGCAGCCCCUGCGGCUACGGCUCCUUGCAGGGCCUAGUGAGAAAGCCCUAAGCUUUGUCCUGAAAGAGAAUGACUCUGGGGAGGUGAACUGGGAUGCCUUCAGCAUGCCUGAACUACACAACUUCCUCCGCAUCCUGCAGCGGGAGGAAGAGGAACACCUCCGGCAGAUCCUGCAGAAGUACUCCUUUUGCCGCCAGAAGAUCCAGGAGGCCCUGCACGCCUGCCCCCUGGGGUGACCUCUUGUACCCCUAGGUGGAAGGAAGAGAGUAGGCAGCGCCAAGGGCGUGCUGUGUGAGUGUGACAGGGCCCGUGUGGCCUGAGGAAUGAGUGUGCAUGGAGGGGAAAUGAGCCCAAAGAACAGUGAAGGAGCUGGCCCCCUGUGUCCACCAGGGGGUGUAGCAGAGCAUGGUUCUGGGUUGGUGGGCCAGGGUUGCCCUGGGAAGCUGCUCCAGGCUUGCAGCAGGGUUAGAGCAGACAGAAGUCUCCUUAAUUCGUAUCUCAGAUGCGAGAAUCUUGGAGACCCUAUAAGCAGUAUAGGGUCGUGUUUGUAAGGAUGAAGAUCCUCAUCUAUGGGGAAAGGUUGUAUGUUUUGGGUCUUGGAUGGGGUCACAGGAUAGCCCUAUCAGAGCCAAGGGUGAGUGUUUAAGGUAAGGCAGGCAUCAUGGAAGAGUCUAGAUUUUCCUUUACAGUACCCUCUGGCUCCACACACACCCUGGGGUCAGGGAGCGCUGGCUUACAGUGCAGCAACAGUGCCUCAGUGCCUCUUCCAAGGAAGAUGUCCAUGGGCCGGAGUCUGUGAGUGUGAGCACUGGCCCAGGUCUGUGCCUUGUUUGCCAGUCAAAGCCAGGGUCUUUACUUCAGGUAUUUUUGAUGAUGCGAGUGAAUGUAUGUAACAUUUUGUGGCCUCAGCUGAAUGCCUCCUGUAGGAAAAGGGGUGGGGGGUGACAUCAUCAAGACUUGGCCCCUGAAAAGAUUUGGCUGAAUAAAAAUUUAAGAAUCUCCUA